UAAUAAGAAAAAACGAAAAACAACCAAAAAUAAAUAAACAGAGAGAAAGAAGAAACGCAAAGCUGAAGCUCUUCACUGUUAAAAUCUGAGUCAGAGUUCGAUAUACGCAGAGUUUUUCUAUUGUUAUUUCAUGUUAAUGGCAAUUACGUUCACAUUGCCUUACUGUCAAAGAAAUGCUAUGCUUCCAUUAUCUCCAACACAAAUUGUUAGGUCAAGAGUUGACAUUGCGUGCAUUACAUCAAGUUUUCAUCAAACUAAUGUAUUUAGCCAGAAACCCUGCUCUGAGUGCAGUUUCCUUCAUGUAGCCCGACUAUCUUUAGUCAAUUUCAAAAGGAUGACUUGGUCCAUUAGGAGCAAUGUGGAUAGCAGCGGAUUUGAUCCUUCUCCCGCAAAUAGCCCCAAUGGAAGAACACGUUUAAUAAGGGCAUUUCAAGCUAUUCGCACCAAGGUGAUUGGGACAUUCUAUCUGCUGCCUUGGCGGUGGUUGUUGUUGAGGGCAUUGGAGCCCUCAUGUACAGGGCUUCUCUUCCUUUAG